AUGAACAUUUUUGAAACAUGGAGGCAAGAAGAAGAUGCCACCGAAGGACCGGAAGCAGUUGCCGUUGCGGGCAACGAAGGCGAAAUGACCAGCCAACAGGAGGGCUUUGCUAUUGGAGAGCAGAUCAAUAAAAUCACAGAUGAUAUAGCUGAAGAGACGCAUGCAGUUCAGAGUACUGCCGUCCUCCUUGGGGUAUCUUUGCUCAUCCUAACUAUCGUGACCAUCUGGCAGUUCAAACGAUGCCGCGUUCGAUUUAUUCAUGAGACGGGCAUGUCCAUUGUAUACGAGACCACUAACAGGAAUUGCACUUUUGAUUUCGGCCUCAGCAUCGAGGCUUUCGAUGUCUUGGGUGGGCGAACAUCCUCUUUUCUCAUAACCUCUAUCCACCCCGUAUGUGCUGCUUCCUUGUCUGCUAUUACUGCCGCAGGUAUCAUCGCCGGAGCUAUCAUACAUUAUUCAUCGAGCGACACAAAGGAACUAGAAGCAAGUACAACGUUUGAGCCUGCCUUGUUCUUCUACAUGUUGCUACCACCGAUUAUAUUUGCUGCUGGGUACCAGGUACAAAAAAAACAUUUUUUCCGCAACAUUGGUCCGAUUCUUCUAUUUGCGUUUGCCGGGACUAUCAUCUCAACGCUUUUCAUCGGCUUUGCCACAUACUUCAUUGUAUGGCUAGAUAUUAACAGCCUGUAUGAUGUCCUGGGUAUUCACGAUUGUCUGCAAUUCGGGGCUUUAAUCUCUGCCGUAGAUCCAG